CAGGAGGUGGAGCUUUGGGGGGAAGCAAGAAGCCGCAUCAACCAGGUAAGCAGCUUUGCUGUCUGCGGCAACCGCCAACUGCCCGCGUUCCCCGGUGCUGCGAUCCGGAGCCGGCUUCCUGUGUCUGAACCAGACUCAUGAAAUGGCCACAGAUGAUAAGACUUCCCCAACACCGGACUUUGCCAAUGAUUUGCCUCGAUCUCCUACUAGUCCUUCUCAUCUCACACAUUUUAAACCUUUGACUCCUGAUCAGGACGAACCUCCUUUUAAAUCAGCAUAUAGUUCUUUUGUAAAUCUCUUUCGAUUUAACAAAGAGAGAGCAGAAGGGGUCCAGGGAGAGCAGCCGUCUCUGAGUGGAAGUUGGACCAGCCCUCAGCUCCCUUCACGAGCGCAAUCUGUGAGGUCACCUACACCUUAUAAGAAACAGCUUAAUGAGGAGCUCCAGCGACGAUCUUCAACAGUGUUAGCAGAGAACAGUUUGCAACAUCCCCAGGAGAACACAGAAACAAGAAGGAAAGCAGAACCUACCUUUGGAGGUCAUGACCCUCGUACAGCUGUUCAGCUUCGAAGCCUCAGUACAGUAUUAAAACGCCUCAAGGAAAUCAUGGAGGGGAAAAGCCAGGAUAGUGACCUGAAGCAAUACUGGAUGCCAGAUAGCCAAUGUAAAGAGUGCUAUGACUGUAGUGAGAAAUUUACAACCUUUAGGCGUAGACACCAUUGUCGACUGUGUGGGCAGAUUUUCUGCAGUCGUUGCUGUAACCAAGAAAUUCCGGGAAAAUUUAUGGGCUAUACAGGGGACCUCCGAGCUUGUACAUACUGUAGAAAAAUAGCCUUAAGUUAUGCUCAUUCCACAGACAGUAAUUCCAUUGGGGAAGACUUGAGUGCUCUUUCAGAUUCUGCUUCCUCUGUGUCUGUACUUGAUCCAAAUGAACCCCGAACACCUGUUGGGAGUAGAAAAGCCAGUCGCAACAUAUUUUUAGAGGAUGAUUUUGCUUGGCAAAGUUUGGUUCAUCCAGAUUCCUCAAAUACUGCUCUUUCUACAAGACUUGUAUCUGUUCAAGAGGAUGCUGGGAAAUCUCCUGCUCGAAAUAGAUCAGCCAGCAUUACUAACCUGUCACUGGAUCGAUCUGGUUCUCCCAUGGUAUCUUCAUAUGAGACAUCUGUCAGUCCCCAGGCUAACCGAACAUAUGUUAGGACAGAGACCACUGAGGAUGAACGCAAAAUUCUUCUGGACAGUGUUCAGUUGAAGGACCUGUGGAAAAAAAUCUGCCAUCACAGCAGUGGAAUGGAGUUUCAGGAUCACCGCUACUGGCUGAGAACGCAUCCCAACUGCAUCGUAGGAAAGGAAUUAGUCAACUGGUUAAUUCGAAAUGGACACAUUACUACAAGGGCGCAAGCUAUAGCAAUUGGACAAGCGAUGGUGGAUGGACGUUGGCUAGAUUGUGUGAGCCAUCAUGAUCAGCUUUUCCGGGAUGAGUAUGCGCUGUACCGACCACUGCAGAGCACGGACUUUUCCGAGACCCCUUCUCCAGACAGUGACUCUGUGAACUCGGUGGAAGGACACUCAGAGCCAUCGUGGUUUAAAGACAUAAAGUUUGAUGACAGCGACACGGAACAGAUAGCAGAAGAAGGUGACGAGAAUUUGACUAAUUCUGCCAGUCCUAGCAAGCGUACAUCAGUCAGCAGUUUCCAGUCCACAGUGGACAGUGACUCAGCCGCUUCUAUCAGCCUGAACGUGGAGCUGGACAACGUGAACUUCCAUAUCAAGAAGCCCUCCAAGUACCCACAUGUGCCCCCUCACCCUGCUGACCAAAAAGAGUAUUUGAUUUCUGACAAUGGAGGACAACAGCUCUCAAUAAGUGAUGCCUUCAUCAAAGAAUCUUUGUUUAAUCGUCGAGUCGAGGAAAAAUCCAAAGAGCUGCCUUUCACGCCUUUGGGCUGGCAUCAUAACAACCUGGAGCUGCUGAGGGAGGAAAAUGGAGAGAAACAGGCCAUGGAGAGGUUACUUUCAGCUAAUCAUAACCACAUGAUGGCACUACUCCAACAGUUGCUCCAUAAUGAUUCAUUGUCACCGUCUUGGAGGGACAUCAUUGUAUCACUAGUCUGCCAGGUUGUUCAGACAGUCCACCCUGAUGUCAAGAACCGUGAUGAUGACAUGGAUAUCCGUCAGUUUGUCCACAUCAAAAAAAUCCCAGGUGGAAAAAAGUUUGAUUCUGUGGUUGUCAAUGGAUUUGUUUGUACCAAGAAUAUUGCACAUAAAAAGAUGAAUUCUUGUAUUAAAAACCCCAAGAUUCUUCUGUUGAAGUGUUCCAUUGAGUAUCUCUACAGAGAAGAGACUAAAUUUACUUGCAUUGAUCCUAUUGUGCUGCAGGAAAGGGAAUUCUUGAAGAAUUAUGUUCAGCGAAUAGUGGAUGUUCGACCCACGUUGGUUCUAGUAGAGAAAACAGUAUCUCGGAUUGCCCAGGACAUGUUAUUGGAGCAUGGCAUUACUUUGGUCAUUAAUGUAAAAUCACAAGUUUUAGAACGAAUCAGUCGAAUGACCCAAGGUGAUUUAGUCAUGUCGAUGGACCAGCUGCUCACAAAACCCCACCUGGGCACCUGCCACAAAUUUUAUAUGCAGAUGUUUCAGUUGCCUAAUGAACAAACCAAAACACUGAUGUUUUUUGAAGGCUGUCCCCAGCACCUGGGCUGCACCAUCAAGCUUAGAGGAGGCUCUGAUUACGAGCUGGCUCGAGUUAAAGAGAUCCUAAUAUUUAUGAUCUGUGUAGCUUAUCAUUCUCAACUCGAAAUCUCAUUCCUCAUGGAUGAAUUUGCUAUGCCUCCUACAUUAACGCAAAACCCUUCCUUCCAUUCUCUGAUCGAGGAACAAGAGGGUGAAGAGGCUGCACUGGAGCCGUUCAGCGGGAGUCCCCUCCCUCAGGAGCCUGGCUUCCCUCUGGAGUUUCUGCCCUCUGAUGAUGGCAGUUUGCUAGAAUCAAGGCUUGUGUUUGAGAAGGGUGACCAGGAAAAUAAAGCUGUUUCACAGGAUGUGGCCUCUGUGAGGCAUCCGGAGUUUGCCACAGCCGCUUGCCCGGCAGGUAUCCCCUACGCUCUCUUUCCAUCAGUCCCGGAAUCAUUGUUGCCACUUCAUGUGGAUGACCAGCAGGAUGCCCUCGGCAUUGAGCCGCCAGAGACUUUGCAGCAAACAGAUGAGCUACAGGACCCCCAAAGCCAGAUGAAAGCCUUCAGAGACCCUCUGCAGGAUGACACCGGACUCUAUGUUACGGAGGAAGUUACCUCUUCUGAAGAUAAUCGAAAGACUUACUCUUUGGCCUUUAAGCAGGAAUUAAAAGACGUCAUCCUCUGUAUCUCCCCAGUGAUCACAUUUCGGGAGCCCUUCCUUUUAACUGAAAAGGGGAUGAAAUGCUCCACCCGCGAUUAUUUUGUAGAGCAGGUUUACUGGUCUCCUCUCCUCAAUAAAGAGUUCAAAGAAAUGGAGAGUAGGCGGAAGAAACAGCUGCUCAGGGAUCUCUCUGGCCUUCAGGGCAUGAAUGGAAGUGUUCAGGCCAGGUCUAUUCAAGUCUUGCCCUCCCACGAGCUCGUGAGCACUAGAAUUGCCGCGCAUCUGGGUGAUAGCCAGAGCUUGGGGAGAAUGCUGGCCGAUUAUCGGGCCCGAGGAGGAAGAAUUCAGAAAAACUCAGACCCUUUUACUUACUCAAAGGAUGCAUCAGGUACUUCAAGUGGCAAAUCAGGAAGCAAAACUGAGGGUGAUGAAGAGAGAGGCUUGAUUCCGAGCGAUGCGGUGUGGUCAACAAAGGUGGACUGUUUGAACCCUGCUAACCACCAGCGACUAUGCGUGCUCUUCAGCAGCUCAUCGGCCCAGUCCAGCAAUGCCCCCAGUGCCUGUGUCAGCCCUUGGAUUGUAACAAUGGAAUUUUAUGGAAAGAAUGAUCUUACAUUAGGAAUAUUUUUAGAGAGGUACUGUUUCAGGUCUUCUUAUCAGUGUCCUAGCAUGUUCUGUGAUACCCCCAUGGUGCAUCACGUUCGGCGCUUUGUCCAUGGCCAAGGCUGCGUGCAGAUAAUCCUGAAGGAGUUGGAUUCUCCUGUACCUGGAUAUCAACAUACAAUUCUCACUUAUUCCUGGUGCAGGAUCUGCAAACAGGUAACACCAGUUGUUGCUCUUUCCAAUGAGUCCUGGUCCAUGUCAUUUGCAAAAUACCUUGAACUUAGGUUUUAUGGGCACCAGUACACUCGUAGAGCCAAUGCUGAGCCAUGUGGUCACUCCAUCCACCAUGAUUACCACCAGUAUUUCUCCUAUAACCAGAUGGUGGCAUCUUUCAGUUAUUCUCCCAUUCGGCUCCUUGAAGUAUGUGUUCCACUCCCCAAAGUAUUCAUUAAACGUCAGGUCCCAUUAAAAGUGUCCCUUCUUCAGGAUCUAAAGGACUUCUUUCAAAAAGUUUCACAGGUUUAUCUUGCUAUUGAUGAAAGACUUGCAUCUUUGAAAACUGAUACGUUUAGCAAAACAAGAGAGGAAAAAAUGGAAGACAUCUUUGCACAAAAAGAGAUGGAAGAAGGGGAGUUCAAGAACUGGAUUGAGAAGAUGCAAGCAAGGCUUAUGUCUUCCUCUGUGGAUACCCCUCAGCAACUACAGUCAGUCUUCGAGUCACUCAUUGCCAAGAAACAGAGCCUCUGUGAAGUGCUACAAGCCUGGAAUAACAGGUUGCAGGACCUUUUCCAGCAGGAAAAGGGUAGAAAGCGGCCUUCAGUUCCUCCAAGUCCUGGAAGAAUGAGACAAGGGGAAGAAAGCAAGAUAACUACAGUGGAUGCGUCUCCAAGAAAUAUUUCUCCGGGACUUCAAAAUGGAGAAAAAGAGGACCGCUUUUUAACAACCUUGUCCAGUCAGAGCUCCACCAGUUCUACGCAUCUCCAGUUGCCUUCUCCACCUGAAGUCAUGCCUGAGCAGUCGGCGGGAGGGCCCUCUGAAUUAGAUACAGCCAGCAUUUCCGAAGAUGUGUUUGAUGGACAUUUGCUGGGUUCCACAGACAGCCAGGUGAAGGAGAAAUCAACCAUGAAAGCCAUCUUUGCAAAUUUCCUUCCAGGAAAUAGCUAUAACCCUAUUCCGUUUCCUUUUGAUCCAGAUAAACACUACUUAAUGCAUGAACAUGAACGGGUACCCAUUGCAGUCUGCGAGAAGGAACCCAGCUCCAUCAUAGCCUUUGCUCUCAGUUGUAAAGAAUACCGAAAUGCCUUAGAAGAAUUGUCCAAAGCAACUCAGCGGACCAGUGCCGAAGAAGGGCUUCCAACCAAUAGUACUUUAGACAGCAGACCAAAGAGUAGCAGCCCUAUUAGGUUACCUGAGAGCAGUGGAGGUCAGACAAACCGUACAGCAGAAGCAGAACCACAACCAACCAAAAAGGCUUCCGGAAUGUUGUCCUUCUUCCGAGGGACAGCAGGGAAAAGCCCUGAUCUCUCUUCCCAGAAGAGAGAGACCUUACGUGGAGCAGACAGUGCUUACUACCAGGUUGGGCAGACGGGCAAGGAGGGGACGGAGAACCAAGGCCCUGAACCUCAAGAUGAAGUAGAUGGAGGAGAUGCACAAAAGAAACAACUCACAAACCCUCAUGUGGAGCUUCAAUUUUCUGAUGCUAAUGCCAAGUUUUACUGUCGGCUCUACUAUGCGGGAGAGUUUCAUAAGAUGCGGGAAGUGAUUUUGGGAAGCAGUGAAGAAGAUUUCAUUCGCUCCCUCUCCCACUCGUCGCCCUGGCAGGCCCGAGGAGGCAAAUCAGGAGCUGCUUUCUAUGCGACCGAAGAUGAUCGAUUCAUUUUGAAGCAAAUGCCUCGUUUGGAAGUCCAGUCAUUCCUCGAUUUUGCACCACACUACUUCAAUUAUAUUACAAAUGCUGUUCAACAAAAGAGGCCCACUGCAUUAGCCAAAAUUCUUGGAGUUUACAGAAUUGGUUAUAAGAAUUCUCAGAACAACACUGAAAAGAAGUUAGAUCUCCUUGUCAUGGAAAAUCUUUUCUAUGGGAGAAAGAUGGCUCAGGUUUUUGAUUUGAAGGGUUCACUUAGGAAUAGAAAUGUAAAAACUGAUACUGGGAAAGAGAGUUGUGAUGUAGUCCUGCUGGAUGAAAAUCUCUUAAAGAUGGUUCGAGACAAUCCUCUGUAUAUCCGUUCUCAUUCUAAAGCUGUGCUGAGAGCCUCAAUUCGUAGCGACUCCCACUUCCUUUCUAGUCACCUCAUUAUAGAUUAUUCUUUGCUGGUUGGACGAGAUGAUACCAGCAAUGAGCUGGUAGUUGGAAUUAUAGAUUAUAUUCGAACAUUUACAUGGGACAAAAAACUUGAGAUGGUUGUGAAAUCAACAGGAAUUUUAGGAGGGCAAGGUAAAAUGCCAACUGUGGUCUCUCCAGAGUUGUACAGGACUAGAUUUUGUGAAGCAAUGGACAAGUAUUUCCUGAUGGUACCCGACCACUGGACAGGCUUAGGUGUGAACUGCUGAAAUGAGGCAGUCAGUUGGAAAUGGACCGUGAAGGCAAGGGGACUGGAACAAAGGACCAAAAAUAAGCUGCAUGUUUUAUUUCUUCCUCCCAUUCACCACUGUUCCCAGGGCCUUUCAGUUUUGUGGCUAUGCAGGAUGCCUGUAACUGAAGGGUUAAAGCUAUGGAUUUGCACUUUAGUUUUUGAUACCCACAAAGUGGCUAUCCCUAGGCUGGAAAGUUGUGUGCACAUUUUUUCACUUAAGCUUAAAUAUAGACACAUUUCAAGGGCUAAGAUCAAAUGUAUGGUUAGAGAUGAGGAGAUAGGGUGAAAAUGAGAUGUCAGAUUUGGUAACAAUCUUGUUAAGAAAACAAGGUCUCAUAGAUUGUGGUUCUCUUAGCAUCACAUUUGACACCUUUUUUACUUGGAACUCAUUUGUAGAGCUGGUGAAUUUUUUGUUGUUGUUUCUUAUGUAACAGUUUAACGUUUCCUAUUAUCAGAAUUUCUGAAACCUUUAAAAAAAUUCUGAAUUAUUCUAUUAAUGGCCAGUUAAAUGGGUGGACACAAUCUGUUCUUGUUUUACCAAGGAAUUUGACUUAUAUUGGGAAUCCUGCCAUGUUCUGUAUCUUACCCUGUUUUCCAGUAUGUUUGAUGUUUUUCAGGUUCUGUCUUUACUUCUCUGUGGAUGACAGGAGGCUACAGCCAUUAACUUUAAGCCUUUUUAAAGCUUGUUAACCACGUUUGUGCAAUUAAUAUGUUAACCUUAUCAAUUAACACUUAAUAAGUGUUAACUGACACUUAUUAAUUAACACUUAUCUGCACACACUCUUACUCUAGGUUUUUUCCCUCCACUUUCAGGGAAACAUCAGUAAAUGAGUCUACAAUGACUAAAUCCCGAAAGUUUUAGUAUAAAGUCUGAUUAGGAAGACUGAUUAAUGAAGGAUUUUUUUUUUCAUGUAAAAAAUAUGUAAUAUAAAAAAUAGGCCCUAUCCAAGAAAUGGGUGAGAGAGAAGCACUUGCUUUUUUUUUGUAACGGUAAAGUGUCUUUUUCAAUAUAACCAGCAAUAUAAGUGAUAUCUAUAAAAUUAGAAAGUUUCCAGUGUGGACAUCCCUGUUUCCUAACUUUCUGCAGGAGUUUCUAGGCCAGUUCUGACUACUGAGAAUUCGUAAAAGGUGAAAUAGUCUUAGUAAGGAACCUCUUGUUUAAUAGAGUGGUUGUUUAAAAAGUGGUCAGAAAUACUAAGCGUACUAACGUAACUGAAUAUUUCCUCUUGGCUUCUUUCUAUAACAAGGAUAUUUCGGGGAUUUAUAAAGUUGUAAGAGUUCUACUCUUUUCAGGCUUCCUAUAAUAUAGCACACUUUUUUUGUAACUUUCACAUAAUAAUAAGAACAAAUCUGGGUACAUUCCAGUUACAGAGACUAUAAUACAUGAAAUAGGAACAUUUUGGAAAGUUUGCUUUAGAGAACGAAAGCAUUAGUUUGGUGUAUGGUGCUUAUUAGAAACGUGGUUUGUUUUGAACUAGAAGCAACGUGACCACGGACUUAUGACUGAUCUGAUGAUAAGCAUUUUUUUAAAAAUGUGGUGUGCCUUUUGAAAACAUACAAAACACUGGUGAUUUCAGUUUUGAUAUCAAAAACUAGUAAAGGAGUUGUACAGGAGUGAAACAUACGUGGAACAUUAUUAGUUUCUUAUGUGUCCAGGAACGAUGGAUGUUGCAUCUCAUUUUGAAUGCAAACACUAUUUUGUCUCACUGUUCAUUUUUUCUGUCAAGAUACUUUGGGUUAUUUAUCCUGUCUGUUUCCUGCACCCCCAGUCAUGAACACUCCAGUGGAAAGUAUCUUCCCCUGGCUAUAAUCAGGUUGGUUGUCUCUUUGUUUUAGUCUCCGUACCAUAUGUGUGGCUUGGAUCCUUCAUUGGAAUGGCUCCAGAAAAUAAUUAAUGUGUCUUUUUGAUUUUGUUUUCCUUGUCCAUGACUUGAAGAACUAUUUUUUUAAAGUACUCCUGCCAAUUAGAUACUUUUGUGACUAAAAUAAAAUUCCAAUAUAAUAUAAUCUGAAGUGAUACUUGCUGCCUUGCAAGGGUGAUCUGUCCUUUUAAAACUGUCUUAACGAAGGAGGAAUAUAAAAUGUAAUUUGUUGGGAGUGGUAGAACUGUAUCCCUGGCCCCCUGCUGCUCGUGUUUAGGCCACCCAUAUGUAUGAAAUAUUUCAAAUACUGUGCUACUCAGUGUUAAGCAUUGAAUGACGUUACCGCUCUUGAAUUCCCUUUCGAGACCUGGAGAAUAUUAAUGCUGAAAAGUUAAGAAUAAGGAAGAAAUCUUAAUACUUUCUUCCUUAGAAUAAAAUACGAAGCCUGAGAUUAAUUGCUAGUACGUAGCACAAGAAAACUAUAUAAACAUUGUAUUGUGUAAAAAUCUUAUUUACAAAUGUGAAGCUUUUUGAUGCCAUCAAAAUUUUAUUAAAAAAAUAAAAGGAUUUACUUUUUUCUUACCCAAGCCUGAGAAAAAUAAGGGGAAUAAGCUGUUGCAAACCCUUUUGUAGUCUAUUGACUAUUUUAAAUUAAUAGAUACUCAAAUUUUCCUAUAAAAUGUCCUGCUUAUAAUUUUUUCCUUGAUUCAGCAGUUAUUGGUUUUCUAGCUUUGGCUUUUAUUGGAUAGUGUAAAAAUUAGGGUUGGAUUGGUUUUUAUGGUAUUAAUUUCUCCUUGGCAUUUUACCCCUUAGCAGUGCACUUGUAUAAAACUACCACGGAAAGUAAUCUACUUGUAAAAAGUUUGCUUAGCUAAUAGAGUGGAAACUAUUGCGAGUGAGCCUGAUGGAGAAAUAGAUCGGGCCAUUCAGUAUUCCUUAGUAACAUACUGACUUAUGCAGUAUUCAGAGCAUAUAGUGCAAUGCCUUUUUUUGUUUUGUUCUUUUUUGUAACACAGGUGCAGUGUAUUAUAGAAAUAUUAAAAUUACAGUCAUGAGCAUUUUUAUCAAUGCUUCUAUGGUGAUUUUGUAAAAAAUGUACAUUAUGUCUUUUGACGGUUGUAAUUUUAACUAGAGAAAUGAUAUUGUAAAUCAUUAUAGCCUCUUCUAAUUUAGUGUGAAAAAUUCAAUUAACAAUAUUGAAAAUAUUCAAUGUAUUAUAUUGUAUAUAUUUCUCUACUUUGGUUCUAGCUGUUUUAUAUGAUUGACAUGUUAUUUAAGAAAUGAAACUGCCUUGACCUUUUGAAGACUUA